AUGGUCCUUCUGAAUUCUCCACCUCCACCGUCAAUGUUCAAUCGAAAGACGACCCAGGAGAAAAAGCGGCGAGAUGAGAUUAAUGCAAAAAUCAAAGAGCUCCAAGAGCUGAUUCAAUCGCAUACGGAUCAAGAAAAACUGACCCAAUCCGAAGUGCUAAACCGUGCCGUCGAGCUAGUGAAUCGAAUGGAGACCGAAUCCCCUGGUCCAUCCACAAAUCCAAAUCGAAAGGGAUUCUUCGACGGAUUCGCCACCAUCGAAAAUCUCACCUACACUUUCAUCAAAUCCCUUGGAAUGAAUUCCGAAGUCUGCCAAGAUUUCAUUCAAAAAGCAAGACAUCGUUUCGAUCGAGAACGUUCUGGACUCCUAAUGUCAACCGUCGGAAAUCGAAAGAGAAAAUCCGAAGAACGUCAUCUGCCAACGACGUCUUCAGAUUCUCAAGUUUCCAGUCCAUCGACGUCUGAAUCGGGAAUGUGUAUCGAUCGGAAGGAGGUGAAAAAGAAUCGAGAGCAAGACAGAAGAGAUCGUCAGGGAGAGGCGUUUGAUGCGUUGAAGAACUUUAUCAUUGAUAAUAAGCUUAUGAGCUCUCAUCAAGUUGAAAAAAUGCAGCGACUGAACACACUGGACAUCAUCAUCAAUUAUAUCAGAAACAAGAAGAACAAUUUUGUGAGCCGAAACGGGCAGGAUCAGUCACUAUACACACAUGCGAUCGCAGAGGGACAAAAAACCGCAAGACACGUGGCUUUUCAGUUUUUUAAGAGCGAUCGACAUUUGAUUGUUCGGUGUGCAGAUUUGGAGAAGUUCUUGGAAUUCUCUUUGGCUCCAAAACCACCGAUUCUUGGAUUUCCACGUCUUCCAUUUCCUUCAUUCCCGCCGAUUAACCCAUUCCUUGCGUUUCCGCCGUUUUUGGGGAUUCCGCCGAAGCUCGGAACUCCAGAAACUUCUAGAACGUCGCCGUCAUACUCCUUGGAUUCGCCACCACCAUCGUCAGACACAUCGACGUCUUCUAUCGAACCAACGACGCCGAAUGAGAAUAAUUCUGGAGUCGUCACGUCUUCUAGACAAUCUUCUGGAGCCCUGAUGCCACCACCGUCCAAAAGAGCCAAGGUUUUCCGACCUUGGGAGUAG